AAAGAAUGCCACUGGAUUUUCCAUCGGAUACCGGAUGAACCCCUCGAGGCCACAGCGGUCCAUCAAACUGUCAAAGUCUCUCUCUCCAAAAAAUCUAAAACCCCUAAACCCCAAACACCAGUUCUAGCCACCAAGAGCAAUAGACACAACCAUGGCUUCAAUGUCCAUGGACAUAGCCACCACUUUUCUCGGACUGUACAAACGACCGACGACUCUACUCUCCGGUGUCCGAACCACAGUCUUUCCUCUUCUAUGGAAACCCCAACCUCAGUACCACUCCCACAGUUUUCGAACCUCGUCUUCGCUCCGUUCUAGAAUUAUCACCGCUGAUUAUUUGCCCAAAUCAAAGCAACUCUCUCGCAGAUUCACUGUGUCUGCGACGACCACGUCGACACCGCAAAGCGAAGAUUCCGAUGUUUUGACUAAGAUUCCUCCCGAUGAUCGAAUUCCAGCUACUAUAAUCACUGGUUUUUUAGGUUCCGGCAAGACAACUUUAUUAAACCACAUCUUGACUGCUGAUCAUGGGAAGCGCAUUGCAGUUAUUGAGAAUGAGUAUGGUGAAGUAGAUAUCGAUGGUUCCUUAGUUGCUGCAAAAUCUGUAGGGGCUGAGGACAUCAUUAUGCUUAACAAUGGGUGUCUAUGUUGCACAGUGAGGGGUGAUCUUGUCAGGAUGAUUGCCGAACUAGUCAAUAAGAAGAAAGGGAACUUUGAUCAUAUCGUAAUAGAGACUACAGGAUUAGCAAAUCCAUCGCCAAUCAUUCAGACCUUUUAUGCAGAGGAUCAAGUUUUUAAUGAUGUUAAACUGGAUGGUGUAGUGACUUUGGUUGAUGCCAAACAUGCUAGUUUUCAUCUGGACGAGGUUAAGCCCAAAGGAGUAGUCAAUGAGGCUGUGGAGCAAAUUGCUUAUGCUGACCGUAUUAUAGUAAACAAGACUGAUCUUGUUGGUGAGCCAGCAAUUGCUUCUUUGAUUCAGCGAAUAAGGAUCAUAAAUCGAAUGGCUCAUCUAAAGCGCACAGAGUUUGGAAAAGUUGAUUUGGAUUACGUUCUUGGGAUUGGAGGUUUUGACUUGGAAAGAAUUGAGAGUGCUGUCAAUACUGAAGGUUCAAAAGAUGAUAAUGCGACUGACGACCAUGAUCAUGAUCAUGAUCAUGAACAUGAACACAAACACGAACAUCAUGAUGGUCACCAUUCCCAUGACCAUUCUCACGAUCCUGGUGUUUCGUCAGUCAGCAUAGUUUGUGAAGGGAGUUUAGAUCUUGAGAAGGCAAACAUGUGGCUGGGUACAUUGUUGUUGGAAAGGAGUGAAGACAUAUAUAGGCUGAAAGGUAUUCUCUCCGUUGAAGGAAUGGAUGAGAGAUUUGUCUUUCAGGGAGUGCAUGACAUAUUCCAAGGAUCACCUGAUCGGUUGUGGGGCCCGAAUGAACCAAAGAUAAACAAGAUUGUGUUCAUAGGGAAGAACUUGGAUGGCCAAGAAUUAGAAAAAGGUUUUAAGGCCUGUUUACUGUGAUUCCUAUGAUUUGUCUGUGGAUUCUUAUGGAUGAUAACAAAUAAAAUGACUUUUUACUUAAAUCUGCUGGGAUUCUUGUGGAUAUCAGUGUUUUGUUGGGAUGAUUGUUAAUGGCAUCUUAUCAACUAAAUAGUAUCCUGGUCAAGUUGAAAUUUGAUCUCAAAUUGGUGCUGGUACUUGAAUCAGCCGGACUAUUAAUACUAUGUACCAAAUAGCCAAGAGAAAUGUGG